AAUCUCAUCAUGGCCAAUGUCCACCAGGAAAACGAAGAGAUGGAGCAGCCCCUGCAGAAUGGACAGGAAGACCGCCCUGUGGGAGGAGGUGAGGGCCACCAGCCUGCUGCAAACAACAACCACCACAACUACAACCACAACCACCACCAAAGAGGCCAGGCUCGCCGACUUGACCCUAACUUCCGAUGGGCCAUUCUCCACAGGCAGAUGAAUGACGGAUUGGGUGGAGAUGGAGAUGAUAUGGAAAUGUUCAUGGAGGAGAUGAGAGAGAUCCAGAAAAAGCUUAGGGAGCUACAGCUGAGAAAUUGUCUGCGCAUCCUUAUGGGGGAGCUGUCUAACCACCAUGAUCACCAUGAUGAAUUCUGCCUUAUGCCUUGA